UCACAAUUCAACCGUCACUUGGCCACGUACAAGAGCUUGCUGCUGUCCACACACUGGCUUCCUGCAGCUCUUACGCGUAGUCAAUUCUCCGAGCUCCUCGACACAGCUCAGCUUGUAGUCUUCCAUCUCUCAGAGUCGGAAGACCUUCAAGUCGAGCACCGCUGCCAACCUGGAUUACGACGCGAGAGUACCAGUCCCGUUCAGCGUCUUUCCGUCUACCUACAAAAACGAGCAGACUCCUGAGACCACAGAAGUCAAGACCGACGAGCGUGUAACAGUCCAAGGCGCUGGACGGGAAGAUCGACAAGACCCUUACCCUUCCCAAACCGGCCCUUCCCGUCGAGACGACCGCUACCGCGAAGACAUCCGCAUCACUGAAGAAGACCGUUUCCGCAGACAAGACCGACGUGACCGCGAGGACAUUCGCAUCACUGAGGACCGCCAGUACCCCGGACCAGGCCGCCACGCAGAAGCUGUCGAUACUCGUGUAGAGAUUGAUAUUGACCGCCACAACUACCGUGAGCCAUACCAGCGUUACAGCGACGCUCAGAUCAACGUCCAGGACCGCGUCUACGACCGCGAGUACCCCACUCGUCACACUCCAGCAACACAGAUUGAUCUAGACUCCCGCAUCGACAUUGCCGAGCGAGAGUUCCGUGAUCGAACCACCCCAUUCACUGAGGAGUACAGAGCUUCUCGUCGUUGGCAAGACAAGAGCACCCAUCCACGCGAGUACCCGGCUGAAGGCCACCAAGAGCGACAGCCAGUGCGCUUCGACGACGAGAAAGUCGAAGAGCGCGUGACUGUCGAAGAAUCCGCACGUCCUCACAAGCGUGAUAUGGGAUAUUACGACGAGGACGGCCACUACCACUCGUUCCGUCACGGAGUCCGCCGCGCUGCUGACAGAAUUUUGCACCCAUUCGAGAGUCACCACCGCCGCCACCACUCCCAUCACGACACCGUUGUUGAGCGUGAAGAAGACGUUGUAGUCAAGGACCGCGAAGUCACCAUGUCUGCUCCACGCGACGACGGAGGCCGCCGCUAUGCUGGCCCACCAAACACCAUCACGAUCCCAUGCCACCACAUCCGCAUUGGCGACCUGCUCAUCCUUCAGGGCCGCCCUUGCCAAGUCAUCCGCAUCACCACCUCUGCUCAGACUGGACAGCACCGCUACCUUGGUGUUGACCUUUUCACCAAGCAGCUUCACGAGGAGAGCUCCUUCGUCAGCAACCCAAGCCCAUCUGUUGUUGUCCAGAACAUGAUCGGCCCUGUCUUCAAGCAGUACCGUGUCUUGGAUAUCCGUGACGAUGGCCACGUUGUUGCCAUGACUGAGACGGGUGAUGUCAAGCAAGGUCUUCCAGUCCUUGACCAGAGCAGCCUGCUGCAGCGCCUCACCGAAUCUUUCAACAACGGUCGUGGCAGCGUUCGUGUGCUUGUCAUCAGCGACGAGGGCCGUGAGCUUGCUGUUGACUACAAGGUUGUCCACGGCAGCCGUUUGUAAAUCCGCAGAUUAUGAGAGAGAACACGAGUUGCAUAGCGCAAUGUCGCACCCGUAAAAGCCAUUCUAUGGUCAGUCGCGAUUAGGAGUUUUGCUUCUUGCUGUACCUAUAACGAGUGACUUCCACCAAAAGAUUAUGAGGAUGCGGCGUCAGGAAAGUUGUGCAUAGGAAAGACAGGUGGGAUGGAUGAACAGAUUGUGCAUAGCAUGCAGAAGUUGCAUCGAAUUGUAAUGAUGGUACAUGCUC